ACGUCAACGUCAACUACUACCUACAAAAAUAAAUAUUGGAAUUGCGUAAAACUUUGAAUAAUGAAAUAAUUGUUUGUGAUGUCGCAGCUUUUGGGGGCGUUUUCAAACGGAUGGGCGAUAGACACUGCAGCGCCUGUUGACCUCAACGAUACUGAUAAAGACUACCACCCUGUCUUCAAAGCUUUCCUCGCCGGUUCAUUUUCGGGGACCUUCAGCACGAUUCUCUUUCAACCAUUGGACUUGGUGAAAACGAGACUUCAGAAUCCCAGUCAACAUGUUGUUACGGCGGCAGUCAACGGCCGAAUCCAACCCGGGAUGAUAACAAUAUUCGUGAACAUAAUUCGUCAAGAACACAUUGCUGGUCUAUGGCGGGGCAUGGUUCCGUCUAUAGCUCGUUGCGUUCCUGGUGUCGGUCUGUACUUUUCAUCACUACAUUGGCUCAAGUCAAAAAUGGGCAAGAAUAGGCAAGAUUUGGGAGCCUUGGAGGCGGUCACUUUGGGAGUCGUUGCGAGGGCCAUGAGUGGUGUUGCGUUGAUACCCAUCACUGUUAUAAAAACGAGAUACGAAUCAGGAAUGUAUAAAUAUAAUAGUUUGACUGGUGCAUUAAAAUCAAUUUAUAAGGCUGAGGGUAUUAGAGGUCUUUCCUGCGGACUGGGUCCAACAUUAGCGAGAGACGCACCUUUCUCAGGACUAUAUCUCAUGUUUUACACGCAAUCAAAGCAAGCUAUACCUAAAGAGCUGCUACAAACUCCAGCUUCAGCGAGCAUGGUGCAUUUCUCGUGCGGUAUUAUAGCAGGUAUAGCUGCAUCGUUAGCUACAAAUCCAGCGGAUGUAUUGAAGACAAAGAUGCAAUUAUAUCCGGACAAAUUUCCGAAUGCUUUCAGUGCUGCGAUGUAUGUACAUCAGACUUACGGGUUCAGAGGUUACUUCAAAGGUGCUGUUCCUCGAAUGUUACGAAGGACAUUAAUGGCAGCGAUGGCUUGGACGGUAUUUGAAGAAAUAUCGCGAUCUAUUGGCUUGAAAUAAAUUACUGGCUUUUUAAUUUAUAUUUAAACCUUUUUAUAAAAUAUGGAUGUUUACUUUGUAAAAUUAUUUGUUACUGAGUAUAAUCUUCUUCUUUGUGUGUUUUUGUUAUCUAAAUUUUAGAAGUAGUUAUUUGAUUAAGUUUAAGUAGAUGUUAAUUUUUUUUUUUCUUUUUAAUGGAAGUGACUUGUAAAUAAGCCAAUAGGUUGAGAUGGAUAAGUAUAAUGUUUUAAAUAUGUUGGAUAGUAUAAUAGGGUAACAUGUGAUGUUUUUAUGAAAUAUAUAUUUUGAAUAUUAA